AUGGAUAAAUAUGUCACCUUUGAGGACUAUCAGGAGUUAUGGCAGAAAUCAGAUCUCAUGAACCUGCCCGACGAGGAGUUCGAAGGAAUCAAGUUGUAUCAAUGUAUGGCCAAAAACGUGGAAGGUCUCCAAACAUGGACGGUUCGAGAGGAUGACGUCUGGAUUGUGACAUUCGUAAAAGCAGGCACAACUUGGGCUCAAGAGAUUGUGUCUUGCAUAAUGCAUGACGGUGACUUGGAAGCUGUUAACAAGAGCCAUACAACAUUCCGGGUGCUGUUCAUUGAGAAUGAUUUUCCGGAAGAAGUGCGUCGAUUAAAGAGCCUCCCAGAUACUCUCCAAAUUGCGGCGGAAACGCCUUCACCACGGCUUCUCAAAAGUCAUCUGCCUGGUCAGCUCCUACCUCCUCAGAUAUGGGAGAAGAAACCCAAGAUUGUCUACGUCUUGAGGAACCCGAAGGAUGUUGCGGUGUCUUUCUUUUAUUUUUCUAAAAUGGCCCAAAAGGACCCUGCAGUACUUGCCCAGACGUUUGAUGAGUUCUUCGAGGAAUUGCAGGAAGGAAAGAAUCACUAUGGGCCUUGGUGGGAUCAUUACCUGUACUUCUGGAAACGAAGACAUGACGAGAAUAUUCUAGUUCUGCGAUUUGAAGAUAUGAAAAAGGAUUUGCGAGGCACUGUUGAGAAGAUCAGUCGAUUUCUCGACAAGAAUCUGUCUAAUGAGACAAUCGAUGCCAUUACGGAGCACUGCACGUUCAGUAAUAUGAAGAAUAACAAGAUGGCUCAACUCGACAGCCUGUUUGAUAAGAAAGACUUGCCUGAAGGAAGCUCUUUCAUGAGAAAAGGAAAGGUUGGCGACUGGAAAUCCCACUUCAAGGUUGCGCAGAAUGAAGCAAUGGACGCCCUCAUUCAAGACAAGUUGCAUGGGACAGGGCUGACUUUUGACUUCGAGUAG